AUAGCAAACUUAUUUUCUUCUUUUGAUCCUUCAACUAGAUUUUUUAUAUCUCUUAAUUGAUUAAGAUCUUUAAUUGGAUUAUUCUUAAUCCCAGUAAGAUUCUGACUUAUUCCAUCUCGAAUAACAAUAUUAUGAAUUAAAAUUAUUAUAACUCUUCAUAAAGAAUUUAAAAUUUUAAUUGCUAAUAAUUCUAUUAAAGGAAGAACAUUAAUUUUUGUAAGAUUAUUUACUUUUAUUUUAUUUAAUAAUUUCUUAGGUUUAUUUCCUUAUAUUUUUACAAGAACAAGACAUUUAAUUCUAUCUUUAGCAUUAGCUUUACCUUUAUGAUUAAGUUUUAUACUUUAUGGUUGACUUAAUAAUACAACUCAUAUACUAGCUCAUUUAGUUCCACAAGGAACACCCCCUAUUCUAAUACCAUUUAUAGUAUGUAUUGAAACAAUUAGAAAUGUAAUCCGGCCAGGAACCUUGGCUGUACGAUUAUCUGCUAAUAUAAUUGCAGGUCAUCUAUUAAUAACAUUACUAGGAAAUACAGGACCUUCUUUUAAUACUUGACUACUAUGGAUUUUAAUUACAAUUCAAAUUGCACUAUUAGUACUAGAAUCAGCUGUAUCAAUUAUUCAAUCUUAUGUAUUUGCUGUUUUAAGAACUUUAUACUCUAGAGAAGUAAAUUAA